AUGUCGCUACGCAGCUUCGCCCUUCUGGGUCUGGCUGCCGGCGCCCUUGCUGCCGAGCCCAGGGUGCUGCACAUGCCAAUGGCCCGCAACCCAAAUGCCAAUCGUCUCGCCAAACGAGGCGCGGCCUCUGUUACCGUCACAAAUGCCAUGAGCGAAGGCAUUUACUUUGUGAACGCGACGGUUGGAACACCCGGUCAGCUAGUGCAGUUGGUCUUGGAUACUGGUAGUAGUGAUGUCUGGUUCUUCGGUGCUAAUUCGUGCAAUACGACGACUUCUGAUUGUCUGGGCGGAGAAUAUGACCCCUCAAAAUCUUCCACUGUCGAGAUCGCCCAACCUAAAGGAACAUUUUCCAUUCAAUAUGGCACCCCCGGCUCGAAUGUCACUGGCAACUAUAUCAAAGACGCAUUCAGUGUUGGCGAAGCCAACGUGACAAACCUCACCAUGGCUUACGCUACCUACGCGGCAUAUGUUCCUACCGGUGUGAUGGGUAUUGGAUUCGACACCAACGAGGCCAUCACAGCGGAGAAAAACGGCCAGCCCUACCCGAACUUCGUCGAUGUGCUUAAGUCGGAAAAUGUUAUCAGCACCAAGGCGUACAGUUUGUGGUUGAACGAUCUCGAUGCAAGCACUGGAAGUUGUCUGUUUGGUGGCUACGAUACCAAGAAAUUCUCCGGUAACCUCUUGACGGUGCCUAUUCAGCCCGACGAGUCAUCCGGUGAGCUGACCAGUAUGACUGUCGCAUGGACUGCGCUCGGAGUUACAACCAAGUCUGGAUCACAGACAAUCACUUCCUCAUCUUUCAAAUCACCCGCGUUGCUCGACUCGGGUACCACAGUGAGUAUCGUGCCGAAUGAUAUUUACGACGCAUUGGUCCAGUUUUUCGAUGCAACGGAGGACCAAGCAGGUGACGCGAUUGUCCAAUGCUCCCUUCUUGAUAACUCGGGCACUCUUGACUUUACAUUUGGUGGAUCUGACGGUCCAGUCGUCAAGGUGCCUUUCUCUGAGUUUGCACUGCCUGCAACUACCUCCACUGGCGCGCAAGCGACCUUUAACGAUGGGUCAUUGGCGUGUUUUCUUGGUCUACAAGGAACCGGCUCCGACCCAACAACACAGUUGCCCGUUAUUCUCGGCGACACAUUCCUUCGCUCUGCUUAUGUGGUGUACGAUCUCGACAACAAGCAAAUCUCUCUCGCGCAAACUAUCUUUAACGCGACAGACAGCAACGUCGUUGAAAUCACCUCCGCCAGCCCUAUUGCCAGUGUUGUGAGCGGCGUCUCAGUCGCCCAGACCGCAACUGGUAACCCCAACCAAAUUGGCGGCCCUACUGCUACCGCCGUCCCGACCGGUUCUAGCACCUCAACCGGCUCAGGCAGCUCAGGCGGUUCUGAUCUUUCCGGCAGCAGCCUCACCGUCUCUCUUACUCCUGCCACGUCGACUGGCUCUUCAUCCUCAUCUAGCUCCGGUCAAAAAUCUUCGGCUAACCCCGCUGCUAUGCCGGACUUUAUGAGCACUGCUCUCGUUGCGGGGGCAUCCAUGUUGCUCGGAGGUGUUUUCUUCGUCCUUCAUUAG